AUGGAGGGAAGUUCUGAUAUUGAUCUCUCCAAGAUCAGCCUUAGGCCAUUGGGUCUCGCUGACAUUGAUGAUUUCAUGGUGUGGGGUACAGAUGAGAAGGCCUCUAUUUUCUGCACUUGGGAACCUUAUGCUACCAAAGAAGAAGCCCUAAACUAUAUCAAAGAGAAGAUUCUCCCACACCCCUGGUUCAGGGCAAUCUGCCUUGACAACAGGCCAAUUGGUGCCAUUUUAGUGACCUCGAAUUCCGGCGGUGACCGGUGCAGAGGUGAACUUGGCUAUGUCUUGGGGUCCAAGUACUGGGGCAAGGGGAUUGCAACCCAGGCUGUGAAAUUGGUGGCUGAUACUAUUUUUAAAGAGUGGACACAUUUGGAUAGACUUGAAGCUUUUGUUGAUGUGGACAAUGUGGGAUCACAGAGGGUUCUUGAGAAGUCUGGGUUCCUCAGGGAAGGUGUGCUUAGAAAGUUUUUUAUUCUGAAGGGAAGAACUAGGGACACGGUGAUAUUCAGCCUUCUUUCUACAGAAUGUCAAGCUUAA